GCUUACUGAAAUGCAAGCCGAGAGCAGCUAUUACAGCCCACAGAAGGUGAAAUCCAGAGAAGUUAUACGCUGGGAGCAGGAAGGCACCACCAUUGAGGUUCUUAUGAAGGGGGAGCCGUUCUUUGAUUGCCAAGUUGGCUUUGUUGGGAGUCAAGCUAUGUGCCUUAAAGGAAUUAUGGGAAUCAAAGACUUUGAAGAGAAUACAAACAGGGCCGAUUCUGAGGCCUGUUUUUUUACUUGUGGGGAGAGUUUAAGUAACAAAGGAAAUGCUUAUCUUACAAACUCACUUUUUGACUACAGAAGCCCAGAAAAUAAUGGGAUACGAGCAGAAUUUAUUUUAGAGACGUGUUCUCAUAAGGUGAAUUUAGAUUAUGAGUGUGUUUUUGGGGGGUAUCAAAGGAAACCCAUGCAAACACGGGGAGAACAUACAAACUCCUUUGAGACGUUGUGCUUGGUGGGAUUUAAACCUGGGACUGCUGCUAAGCAACAAUGCCAAACAUUGAGCCACCAUGCUGCCCGUAUUUCUAAUCCUGACUAUCCUGCCAUAUUGUGUCUGAGUGACUCCAUGGAAAAGAAACUCCUUGUUUUCAGCUUG